AUGCCCCACUAUAUUAUCCCAUCCUUGAGAAGUGAACAUUUCACUGGUCGUGAAUCUGUUCUGGAAGAACUCCAACAGAAGCUAUGUUCCCAGCCGCAAACGCAGAAAAUAGCCCUAUUCGGGCUUGGUGGAAUUGGCAAAACCCAGGUCGCGCUGGAGCUUGCCCGCUGGGUGAAAUCACAGGUACCGGACUGCUCUAUCUUCUGGGCUCCCGCCCUGAGUCUCGAGAGUUUUGAGCAAGCCUGUUGGCAAAUCGCGAAAGCAUUUCAAAUCCAUCAGAAUUCAGACAAUGAAAGUGUGAUGGAAUCGGUACAGCGACUACUCGGCUCUGAUAAAGCUGGAAAGUGGCUUUUCAUUGUCGAUAACGUGGAUGACCUGGAUUUGCUGUUCGACGAGCUUUAUCAGUAUUUCCCUUCUAGCGAGAAAGGCAUUACGUUGCUCACCACUCGUUCUCGCGAGGUGGCGGUAUCUUUUGCAAAAAAGGAUAUUGUUGAGCUUCGAAAAAUGACAAUCGAGGAAGGCAUCGCUUUUCUUAGCAAGAUUGUUCAAGCAGAGUCACUACGUGACCAGGAAUCUACCACAAAACUACUUGAAGAGCUAGACUUGCUACCUCUAGCUAUCGCACAGGCGGCGUACUAUAUAUCACGAAAUAAUGCAACAACCACCCGGUACCUCGAGCUGAUGCACAAAACAGAGAUGGAUCGGAUGCGUCUGGUAAGCAGGGACUUCCGUGAUAGUACCCGCUACCGCAAAAUGCCAAAUGCAGUGACUGCCACAUGGCUAGUCUCAUUCAAUCAGAUCAAGAACUCUGAUCCCUCGGCGGCGAGUUUGUUGGAAUUCAUGUCAUUUCUUGAACCCAAGGCAAUCCCACAAUCUAUCCUCCCUAUCCUGACUUCGGAAGAAGAGAUGGAGUUUGCAGUUGGCACACUAUGUAGCUAUGGAUUUCUGGCUAGGAGAGAUCAACCGGGCAUCUUCGAUAUGCACAGCCUGGUACAGCUAUCAACACGGAUAUGGAUAGCCGAGGCAAAGAAAACACCACAGACCAUUGCGACUAUAACACAACGAAUGAAUCGGUGUUUUCCAUCCGAUGAACAUACUGAACGGAAGAUUUGGAGGCGGUACAUGCCACACGCUCUUCAAGUUCUCAGAAGAGAGGAAAACAAAGAUAUGAGUGAGAGAUAUAGCUUACUCACCAAGGUCGGAAAUUGUAUCCUAGCUGACGGCCGAGCGAAAGAAGCUAUCAAUUCUUUUCACGAGGUAUACAUACGGAAUCAAAGCCUCUUUGAUGAAGAACAUCCCUCUCGACUGGCGUCUCAGCGCAACCUCGCGCGGGCAUAUGAAUUCAACGGUCAGUUCAAACAGGCCGUGGAGCUGUUUGAGCACAUAACUACAGUACAUAAGAGAACUCUUGAUGAAGAACAUCCCUCUCGGUUAGCAUCUCAGCACGAACUCGCACGGGUAUAUAGAUCCAACGGGCAGAUAAAACAGGCCGUGGCGCUAGUUAAGCACGAAGCUGCAGUGCUUAGAAGGACUCUUGAUGAAGAACAUCCCUCGAUACUAGCAUCCCAGCACGAACUUGCGCGCAUAUAUAGAUCCAAUAGACAGAACCAAGAGGCUGUCAAGCUGCUGGAGCAUGUGGUCGCAGUGGAAGAAAGAACGCUUGAUGAAGAAGAUCCCUCUCGACUAGUAUCUCAGCAUGAACUCGCCGUGGCAUAUAGAUCCACCAGGCAACUAAAACAGGCAAUAGAGCUCCUUGAGCAUGUGGUUAUGGUGUACAGCAGGAUUUUUGACGAAGAGCACCCAUUUCGACUGGUGUCUCAGUACGAGCUUGCACGGACGUAUAGAUUGAAUGGGCAAGCUGAACAGGCCAUCCAGCUAUUUGAGCAUGUGGUUGAAGUGCGCCAGGGAGCGCUUGAUGAGGAACAUCCAGAUCGACUGGCAUCUCAGCGUAUGCUCCAAAACUUGAAGCUGUUUACCCAGUUCGAGAGUAUAUAG